CGUCGAGAUUGCACUUACUUGCCAGCCAUGGGCCUCGACAUCCAAGUGCUCGGCGUUGGCAGCGCCGAGAUGGCGCCGUCCGUGAUCGUCACGGGAGAGAGCCAGCGGUACCUCUUCAACGCAUGCGAAGGCCUCCAGCGGGUGUGUAUGGAGCACCGCGUCCGCCUCGGGAAGCUCCAGACGGUCCUUCUCACGGAGCUCACGUCCGAAACAUUGGGCGGCCUGCCGGGCCUCAUCCUGACCAUCUCGGACAUUGGCAAGAAGGGCCUGCGCCUCUGCGGACCUGACGGCACGUCCGCCUUUCUCCACGCGACGCGCCAUUUCCUCAACCGGCCCAAGUUUGAGCUGAAAGCACACGACAUUGUAUCGACGAGCGACGCGCCGCUCCUAACCGAUGAGAACCUGACGCUGGACGCCGUCGUCGUGACAACGUCGCGCGCGGCAACCGACGACGAGAGCUCGGCCAAGCGCCAGAAAGUCCCGACGGUCACGAGCGUGAGCUACAUUGGCGAGACGCCUCGCCAGCGCGGCAAGUUUUUGAUCCAGAAAGCGCUUGCUCUCGGUGUGCCCAAGGGCCCGCUCUGCGGCGCCUUGCAUCGCGGUGAAGACGUUACGGUUGUCGUCGACGGCAAGUCGGUGGUCGUGACACCGGCGCAGUGCGUCGAACCGUCGCUUCCAGGCGCCGCGUUUGCGGUCGUGGCGUGCCCCGGUGUGUCGUCGAUCGCGCCUCUCUUGCAAGCCCGCGCUUUUCACAAGUAUCAAGGUGGCGAGACGGACCUGGCAGUGCUCGUGCACAUGGGCGGCAUCGACGUCCUUUCGCACCCCGACUACAUUGCGUGGACCUUGACGUUUGGUCGCCGCGUGCAGCACAUUCUGGUCAACCAUACGGCGUGUCCGCAACGGACACCGUACCGUGCCAGCGCGGCCCUCCAAGCCACGCUGCACGGCCUGUUCCCGGCCACCUUUCCCACGUCGCACCACGAAAACGACUCGACGACCUCAGUCGACACGGAGUUUGGCGCCGCCAUCGUCGGCGAACCGCUGCUCAAGUUCACGCUCGUCCCUGUGCCCAAGCAAGGCGUUGACCGCGCGAGCUGCUUUGCCCCGUUGGACCUUGCCGCGGUCACCGCCGAGACGCAGACGAUGCUCCGCGAGGCCAACGUGACACUGGCGCCGCCGAGCCAACGCUCGAGUGCCGCCUGCGUGCAAGCGGGUGCUGUCACGUUCCUCGGCACGGGCUCGGCGAUUCCGUCGAAAUAUCGCAACGUCACGUCGAAUUUGCUUCGGUUCGGCGACGCCUACCUCUUGCUGGAUGCAGGCGAAGGCACGUACGGGCAGCUGUACCGGCACGUCGGUGGCGACGAGGCCGCACUGACGGCGCUUCUAACCAACCUCCACGUGGUGUGGAUCUCGCACAACCACGCCGACCACCACUUGGGCUUGGUGCGGCUUCUGAGUCGUCGCCCGAUCGAGCUGCCGCCCUUGGCGAUCGUGGGCCCGCCACACGUGCUCAACUGGCUGCGUGACUAUGGCGCGGUGGACGCAAACAUCAACGCCAAGUACAUGUACGAGAGCAACGGCUUCUUUGACGUCCAUGGACCCAGCGCCAAGGACCAGGAGCGAUUUGGGUCGCACGAAAAGGCCAUUCGUGAUAUUCUCAAGCAGCGUUAUGGCGUGACGAGCUUUGAGUGCGUACCGGUCCAGCACUGCCACCUCUCGUAUGCACUCGUGCUCACGUGUGCCAACGGGUUCAAGGUCGCCUUCUCUGGCGACUGCCGCCCGAGCGAUGCGCUCGUCCAGUACGCCGAAGACGCCGACUUGCUCAUUCACGAAGCCACGUUUGAAGAGGGCAUGCUGGACGAAGCCAAGGCCAAGGACCACUCGACGACCGACGAAGCGAUCGGCGUCGGGCUCAAGGCCAACGCCAAGUACAUUUUGUUGACGCACUUUAGCCAACGCUACCCCAAGAUGCCCACGAUUUCGGCCGAGGCCUUGCAACGCGUCAUGACGGCGCUCGACCUCAUGUCGCUCUCAUUCGACGAGCUCCACGUGCCCCAACUCAUGCAGGCGUGCCAAGCCAUCUUGCCGGGCAACGACGUGGCCGACGACGAGUAAAGGGCGUCUCUGCAUGCGUCGAGCUAGAAAAGGGAGGGGUAGCCCAAGCAAGCGAAGCUGCAAUCGUCAAAGGAACACAAAGCGUUCGCAC